CAAAGGGUCAACCAAGGACGAGUUUUGACAGAAGAUCAAGCCGGAUACUCGUUGAGCCGGCCCACUACGGUCAACCUCCUUCGGCAGAAAAGCCAUGCCGAAUAUCUGGGACGGGCUAACGCUCGCUGUCUUUGUCGGCGCCACUGUCGCCCACAUCCUCUACACGCCAUAUACAAAAAUCGAAGAGCACUUCGUUCUCAAUGCCGUGCACGACAAUCUCGCUUGGGGUCUCCUCGACGGCGAACAAGUGCGAAAGCACUUCGAAUUCUUCGUUUUCCCAGAUCCGGUACCGCAUUCUUUCCUAGGCGUGCAAGCGCUGAGCAUCGCCGUGUACCCCUUCGCCGUGCUCGGCAGGUGGAGCGGACUGAUCAGAAGCAGUGCAGAUGUUCAGAUCACCGUACGCCUGGUGCUGGGCCUUCUCAAUGCAGCAGCCGUAUUCUAUUUUUCCGAGGUCGUCCGUCAACUCGGCGAGUCGCCAGAGGAUGAACCGAAGCGAUUAUCCAAGGGGACAAGUGAAAGUCCGCGCCGUCAAGAUGGCUCUUUCGCGCGCAAUCUUUUUCUCUUGUUGCACGGCUUGCAAUUCAAUUUUCUCUUUUGGGCUGGGAGGACGACGCACAACUCGCUAGUCCUUGGGCCAACGCUCGUGGCUCUGCGCUGGAUUUUGAUCUCGAACAAGCCGUGGCAAGGGAGCAGUCCAUCUGCAGUGGCUGGCUUCACUUUGCUCACUUUCUGUACCGCCAUCCUUCGCUGCGAGCUGGUAGGAGUGCUGGCUCCAAGUUGCUUAUGGUUGAUUGCAACCAAUCGAGCAAAGUUUGGGGAUCUGUUCCACGCGGGUUUGAUCAGCGCCGUAAUCUCAGUUGGCCUUACGACUUGGUUCGACAAGCCGCUCUGGAGCGGGAUUCACAACUCGAGCAGCCUACCGUACGUUCCCUAUUCUGUGAAUCAGCUCAUUUCUGCCAACUUCAUCCCAGAGUUCGAAGCUUUCAGCUUCAAUAUCUUGCAGGGCAAGUCGGCAGCCUGGGGCACGAUGUCCCGAACAUUCUACUUCACAUCCGCACUGCCCAAGGCGCUCUCCAUCAGCAUCGUUCUCGUACCCAUCGGUAUGGCGCUCAUGUUCCGACUGUGGUCCUCGUACGAAGACUACGUGGCGGUCAAGAAGUUGGAGAGUGUGACAGGCCUGUUGGUCAUCCCGCUCUUCCACACCUGCCUACUAUCGCUCGUGUCUCACAAGGAAUGGAGGUUCAUCAUAUAUACAGUCCCGUGUUUUAACGCUUUCUCCGCGCUGGCCCUUGGUCAAAUCUGGGGUAGCACCUUCGCUACAAGCGCAUUCAGUGCCUGGAUCAUGCGCCUAGGUACGCUAGCCGUCCUCUGCGGCACAGCCCUGCACGCGUCGAUCGCGACGCUCGCCUCGCACUACAACUAUCCGGGCGGUAUGGCGAUGGCACGCCUGCAUGACGCGCUUGAUGGCAAAAUUGAGACGAAUGUGCUUGUGCACAGCACCGUUGACGCUACGAUGAGCGGAUCGACGCGCUUCCAGCUGAAAUACCUGCAACGACCGACCGCUGGCGCACUGGGAGUCCCUUCAUUGCCUUCUGCAUUUCCAUUCACCUCGUCCGCCUCCGCGGGAGUGGCAUGGGAGUACGACCGCCGCGAAGACCUCUCCUCAUCCAACGCAACUCAAUGGCUCGGUUUCACUCACGUUAUUGAUGCCACGCCAAAUUGCAGCUUCCUGGCCAGCGACACUAAAGCCGGCCCACAUCUGUUCCACGCUCUUCUUCCGCCAGUGCAGGCGUUGUCGCAGGUCGAAUUCAAGUACCCUCAACUGCAUUCGGAUCCACGGGAGCUAGUCAAGGUCACCCUAGCGGAUCGCAUGUGGAUAUGCGAACGCGCAUGAAAAAUCGUCAGCCAAUCAACUAGAGGUAUAGACAUUGAAGUAAAAAUGCAAAAAUGC